AUGUCCCACAAUCCCUCGUUUCUGCGUGCGCCCCAGCUGCCCACCGCCAACCACCAACAGCUCCAUUCACACCACCUGUCGGUGUCUAGAAAGCCAUCCAUUGUGGAGAUGUUGUCGUCUCCUCCGCCAUUACCUGUAGACCACCAACACAACCCCAACGACGACUUCAGCUUGUCGCGGAACACAUCGAUAUCAUCGCGUGCGUCGUCCAUUUUGCAGCAGACGAUGGGCGGCUCUGAUUGGACCGAUGUGUUGCUUGCAGACUUGGCGGAGUCCAACAAGUUGGUAUGCAUUAACUCGCUGUACUCGAUCCAGAAAGCGUUCGAGACCUUGGUGGCCCACGACUUGACGUCUUUGCCUGUAGCGUUGUCCAAAAAGGACUACGAUUUGUCAAAUUGCUUGUCGUUCGACUGCUCGGACUUGAACACCUAUCUCUUGUUGGUGAUGAAUAAAAUCAACCUUAACGAAUUGUCCACGGGGGCGCUUUUCGACGACGAGGGGAAAUCUUUGACCAACGAACAGAAACAGGAAAGGCUCUUGCAGAUGAUCAGCAGGGCCAAGAAGGGCGAGGAGGUUCCCGUGGACUUCAUCGUGAAGUUGCACCCCAAGAACCCGUUGUUGAAGUUCAAAGAGUCCGAUUCCUUGUUCAGAGCAGUUGAGGCUUUCGGCAAUGGUGUCCACAGAGUGGCCAUCACUAACAACGAAAACAGAAUCACCGGUAUUCUUUCGCAGAGAAGAAUGAUUCGUUUCUUCUGGGAAAAUGCGCGCCGUUUCCCAUCUCUUGAGUUCUUGCUCAACUCCACAUUGCAAGACCUCAAGAUUGGCUCGACGCACCCAAUGACCAUUUUCGGCGACCAGCCUUUGAUCGAGGCCUUGCAGAAGAUGUUUGACGAGAGAGUUUCGUCUCUUGCCGUUGUUGACCGCAAUAAGUUCUUGGUGGGCAACAUCUCCAUUGUUGAUGUGAAAAACGUUUCCUCGACAAAAAACUCCCACUACUUGUUUAAACCAGUAACAACCUUCAUCCUGUACAACUUGUCGCAAAAGGGUAUCGAGAAGGGCCAGGACCAGUACCCUAUCUUCCAUGUCAGCAAACAGUCGUCUUUGAACAGAGUGAUUGCCAAGCUCGUGGCCACGCAGUCGCACCGUUUGUGGAUUGUAGAAUCUCGCAACUCGUCUGUAAUCUCCACUGGAAACUCUGGCUCGGGUGUCGCUGGUGCUGCCUCAACCGUGGAUGGCCUGCUUCCCGACAGUAACCCACAGGAUGCGGGUCGUGUCGGCAAAUUGAUGGGUGUUGUCACGUUGACUGACAUCCUUGGCUUAUUUGCUCAGCACAAGUCUGGAGUUAAGAUUGACCCUCAGAGCGCCCGCAAGAACCGAAGAAGAUCCUCGACCUCCACGACUAGAUCGUCAUUUGAGGGAAACGCCACACACUCGCCUGCCACAAGCUUGACAGCGCCUGCCACUCCUCAAACGGCGGCAUCUGCACAGAUGCAACCCAACCAAGAUAUGUUCAGGAAAUCAUAUCAAAACGACGAGGGGCUGCUUUCUGCCAAGGCCAUGCCCAGACAAUAG